CCCCCAGCCGGCAUCACGGAGGGCCCUCAGGAAGCCCGGGUGACCCUGUCCUGUCCCCUGGACGGGGCCUUCUGGAUCCCCCGGCCUCCAGGUGCCCCCCCAAAGGGCUGCUUCGCCUGCGUGUCCAAGCCCCCAGCCCUGCAGCCUUCGGCAGCUCCCUCAGCAGCCGCACAGGGCCCGGCCCCCACCCUCUGUCCCAUGGAGGCCAAGAGCUGCAAGGCUGACAGCGUCAGGACUGGCACGGGCUCGGGACCCGGCAAGCACUUGGCCGAGAAAAAGACCAUGACCAACCCCACCACCGUCAUCGAAAUCUACCCUGACACCACGGAGGUCAAUGACUAUUAUCUCUGGUCCAUCUUCAACUUUGUCUACCUCAACUUCUGUUGUUUGGGCUUCAUCGCUCUGGCCUACUCCCUGAAGGUUCGGGACAAGAAACUGCUGAAUGAUCUGAAUGGGGCCGUGGAAGAUGCCAAGACAGCUCGUCUCUUCAACAUCACCAGCUCAGCUCUGGCCGCCUUCUGCCUAGUCCUCAUCUUCAUUUUCCUGCGGUACCCCCUCAAUGACUACUGAGUCGGGGGGGGGCAGGAGGCUCUUGCUUCCUCCCCCUCCCCCAUCCUGCUGACCUGAACUGUCAGGGGGAGAAGAGUGUUUGGCUUGGACAUUUUUAUGGGGGAAUCAAUCAUUUAAAAUAUUUAUUUUCAAUAUAAAAGGGAUAGGGUGGGAAGGGAGUGGAAAGGGUAGGGAAAUCGAGGGUUGGACAGCUUGGGGAAGUAAGAAUGGGGUGGGAGCCUCCUUGAAUCCUCUAUGUGGCUCCCAGGCCUGCUGAGUCCAGGCCAAACCAGGGCUCAGGGCCACCAGGAUGUACUGGAAAAUGAGAGGAGAGGAUGAGAUGGGCUAUAGAGGGCUAUGCCUUCUGUCCCACCCACUAUACAGGGCCCUCCCCAGCCCAAGACCUCACCCCAACCUUCUCCUUGGGCUAGUGCUUCAGCUACACCUGCAACCCCAGCGAUCAACAGCCUGGCCUGCCAGCGCUUUCGCUCCCCAGUCCUCGAAUCUCCCCUGCCACCUCCUAAGGGCACAGCCCCAGCCCCAGGCCACAGCUUCAGUGGGGCAGGGCAGGAUGGUAGUUACUACUGGUUGCUCAGGUUGCCUGCCCACCAGUCUCACCCCAGCCCUUCACCCUGCUUAGAGCUACUGAGAAUGGGCAUCUUUCCAAUGAAACUCCUCUGCCCAGCUCCCCAAGAUCCAAAUUUCCAGGGUUGGGCUGGAGAUGAGGGGGUGUGAGAGCUCCCAAGGUCUAGUCCUGGCUCACAUCUCCUUCCCAGCCUUCAGGACGCCUCCCAUGUCUUUGAAGUCAUCCGAUGAAUCUGAUGGAUGUGCUUGGGAGGGGAGGAAGGGUGCGGGGCUGGUGAUGGGCUCCCCAUCUGAUCGUCAAGGAAACAGGUGCCCAAAGGGGGAGUGUCUUUGCUGGGCUCACCCGGCUAAUUAGAGUGCUCUAAUUACUAAUAACAAAUCAAAGAUUUACAGAGCAUUUACUGGGUGCCCUGGCCUUCACCAAGUGCUGUGGGCAGAGUGGCUCCUGCCAAGAGGAGCUACAAAUCUGCUUGGGGAGACCAGACUCACAUAAAGGACGAACCAGGCUGGAAGGUUGUUGUGACCUAUUGUUACCAUACUCAAACACUGUGACUUGAAAUUCUGUGUGUGUGUGUGUGUGUGUGUCUGUCUGUUCAUGCCUGUUCCUCUGUGUCUGCCUGGCUGGCUCAUUGCUUCUCCAACUGGCCACUGCUUGGGCUCUGUCCUGCUGUCUUUGUGAGCAUACUGCUCUCCUCCUGUGUUUGUUUUUUUGCGAGCACAACUGGGGUCAGAAGGGCACUGAUUUUGUAGCAAGAAGACUUGGCUCACACUUACUAGCACUGUGACCUUGGACAAGUUCUUGCCUUCCCCCAGGUCUCAGGUUCUUCCUCUGUCCAGAGAGGGUGGUCAGGGUUCCAUGGUCCCUCCCAGUUAAGACAAGUCUAUGACUGAGUUUGACAGUCCAUCAAGGGCAUGAGGUAAAUAACGAAACAGAGAUAAUUCACCAUCUAAAGAAAAGCAAGCCCCCAGGUCCUGGGGAGACUGCUCAGUUCAGCUUUACUAACCCACCUUUGGGAGCCAAGACAGGAUGGAGGAGCAGCAGCAGCCCUCUCCCUCUGCUGCCUGUUUUUCCCCACUCUGAACCCAGAAUUUCAUCUGCCUGAGCCCCCAGGAAACCCUCAUGCCUCUGUCUGGGAUGCUGGCUGAUCCUAGGGAGAGGAGUGUUGGGGGGAUGAUGAACGCAUUGGACAGGGCCUGAAGGUCAAAGGAAGAGGAAGGAGCUUGGGGCUAGCUGACUCCUGGGGAGACACCUCUGUCCUGCUGAAGCCACCAGUGCUGUCACAAAGAGCAGAGGCCAACCUCCCUGUAGGGACAAACCGAAACUGAGGGGGCAAUGGGGCAGCAUCCCCCGUCGCUGGGCUGGGGACAGCCAGGUUGGCAGUAGCAGCCCCCCAGCUGGAACGAGGGCAGCUCCCAGUUCUGGAAGAUCGGAAGCAAUGGGUGUAGGUCUAUGGAUGGGGUGCGCAGGGCCAGCCUGAGCUCGAGCGUGGAUGGGGCAGACGUAGCACUUUGAUGGUGAGGUUGGCGUUGGGUUGUGGAGCCACCCAGCAGGCAGGCAAACGAACCACAUCAACGGCAUUCCCAGCCUCCUGAGGCAGGUCUCCCAGCUAGGUCCCAGCCUUGCCCUUGGCCUGGGUCAUUGCCCCACACCACCCCUUCCUCUGCUGGCCAGCUCCCACCGCUGUCAUGCUCCAAAGGGCCCCUUUUCCCGGUCCUUCCCAUAGACCUCUCCUGAGAUAUCUCCUCAGUUUGGAGGAGGGAGAGGAACGCAGCUCAGGCUUCUGCCAGCCUGGUGUGAUCCAUCUCUGAGCUGAGAGCCAGGGCACUUGGCUUUGCAUCUUGGCUCUGCCACCCAUUAACCAUAUGACCUUGGGUCAGUUCUUUCCCCUCUAUAGGCCUCAGUUUCCCCACUGAUUGUUCCCUCAUUUCCCUAGGCUGGGCUCAGAGGGUGGAGUGGGAGCCCGGGUGAAGGAGGAAGGAGCAGGUACCCCCCUUUGUGGGUUCUGAGCCAUCAGGACCGCGGAUGGCUGUCAGGUGAGGCCUGGAUUAAUACAGCAGCUCUGGGGCUCUUCAUGGGGUCACAGGUCCCACAGCCAAGGGGCUGUUUGCCCGUCUCUGGAUUACACUGAGCCGCAGCAGCAUUCAGGGAAGUGGCCUGAGCAGCCCACAAGCUGGAGGGAGGCCCAGGACGGCCACCUCCUUCAAGGCCUGGUGCAGCGGGCCCCCCGCCCCAGGAAGCCUGCUGUUCAUCUGCUCUUGAAAGUGGUUGCUCCCUGCCUGGGCUCUCCCAGCUGUCCAAAGGCACGGUGCUGCUUUGCUCUCUCUGCUCACACCUCUCCCCCAAUUAGACGAGCGCUCAUGGACAGGGCCUAUGAACUGUCUGUCUUUGUAACCGAACCUCUUGUGUGGCAAAGGGCCUUGCACACACUUGGUGACUAAUAAAUGUUUAUCUAACUGAA